CCUGCUCGCUACCUGAUAAGGGGACACUACGUUUCGUGCAGGUCACCCGUAGUAAUGGAAGUGGAUUUAAUCGUUACUUUGUCAUUAAUGUAAAACAUUCGGGGUAAGGCCAUCGUUCCAGUGCCUCAGCCAGUGCAUUAGCCUAACUACCUGCGUUCUAUUGGUGCUUGUGUUCGCGGGAUUUGUGUUAUGUUAUGUUUCGUAAGCCCUACACAGGAUCAUACACUGUUUCGAGUGUCCGUAUGGAGCAGGCGGUGGUAGGACGACCACAAGCCACCGCGUUACAUAAGCAACUCGUUGGACCGAAUCGAAGCCCCGAAGAGCGACCGCGAGCAGCAGCAGCUGCACCCUCCUGAAAGAUACCAGCAGUCAGUGCAUGCCACCACAGAGAGUUGACGAUAGCAAUCCGUCGUAAAAGCAUCUGUUGGCAGUGAGGGUAGAUUGUGAAUGCAAGUGUUGGAUGCGAGCAUAGCCAACGGACGUCGGCCCUCCUACCACGGUACAGCGCGAUUGCAAGGGCCGACCGCCGUGGUGGCCCAGAAACUGCAGCAAUGAAGUGCACUCACCUGCACAACGUCGUACAGCUAUCGUUGGUGGAGUUGUGCAAGCUCAAGAAGGAUGAAUCGUGCUCGGACUGUGAGACGAAUGGUCCAAACCUGUGGAUAUGUCUGCAAAAAAACUGCCUGCACAUUGGGUGCUCCGAGCAGUACAAGGACCACAGCACCAUCCACUUUCAAUCGAACCGGGCUCACUGCAUUCACAUGAAUCUUUCUUCCCAGCGCGUUUGGUGCUAUCUCUGUGAAUCGGAAUUAUUUCUCACCAAGCAAUCGCAUCACCAGCAGCAGGCGCAGCAGCAGCAACAUCACCAUCAUUACCACCAGCACCAUCGGCGCACGUCGGUGGUAAGCAAUGACUCGAGUGACACCAGCCGCUACUCGUCGGUCAACAACGACAAGCUGGUUGUGCACGCCGAUAAGCUCAUGUCCGGGGCGGCGGCUGCUGCAGCAGCGGCCGGUUACGCUGCCUCCACCGGCGACUCCUGUGAUAGCAGUGGUGAUGAGGACGACUUUGAGCGGCACGGCAAGUGGAAUGGGCUGGUGGGGCUGCAGAACCUCGCUAAUACGUGCUACAUGAACGCAGCGCUGCAGGCACUCAGCAACAGCCCACCGCUAACGGGUUUCUUUCUCGACUGUGGUGCCAUACUGGAGACGGAUCUGCUCGGUGGUACGAAUCCAGCCAUCACCAAACCCGGGCUCUCCAAACACUACCAUAAGCUGAUCCGCGAAAUGUGGUGCAAGAAUCGACGGUACGUUGUACCGAGCGGAAUCCUGUGUGGCAUUCGCAUCGUGCAUCCGAUGUUCCGCGGCUAUCAGCAGCACGACACGCAAGAGUUCCUGCGCUGCUUCAUGGACCAGCUGCACGAGGAGCUGAAAGAAGUGAUCGCACCACCGCCACCGGACGUAUUAACCCCCGGGGUAGGACACGAUGACGAACUGGAGCCUCAAUCCGACGAUCGGCCUUCACCGUGCCCAUCGCCUUCGCCGUCACAGUCGGAGGGAGAGUAUGAAACGUGUGACAGUGGUGUUUCCGAGCGAUCAAGUCUCUCAGACGAUCCACUGUCUCCAACGAUUUCUGCAGCCAGUAAGCGUUUCCGUCAGCUAACCCCUCGUUCGUCUAGUUCACCGGGAAAUACGGUAAACCAAAGGAUGGUUGGGUCGGGAUCGCGACAGCUCCGCAGCGAAUCCUCCGGUAUCAGACAGCAAUCACCCGUCGGAAGCAAUCGUUCGAAUGCAAGCAGCGUUUCAUCUACGAUCGCUGCCGGAAGCUCUAAUAUACCCAACUCUGGAUCACCUGGUGGAGGCGGCGGUGGCGGUGGCGGUGAAGGAGGAAGCAGCGAAACGUCGGAAUCGAAAGAAAAACUCCCGCAGCGUUCGAUCAUCAGUGAUAUUUUCGAUGGAAAGCUGUUGUCCUCCGUACAGUGUCUCACGUGUGAUCGAGUAUCGACGCGGGAGGAAACAUUCCAGGACCUUUCACUGCCCAUCCCAGGCAAGGACCACCUGGCGGUGCUACACCAAACACACACGGGCAUGGGUAACGGAUCAGCUUCAGGAUCGAAUGUAUCGUCCGCGGGUAGCAGCAUUUCGGGCGGAGGUGGAGGAGCUGGUAGCAACCUCGGCGGUGGGCCGAACAGUGCGAACAAUGGCGGAAGCGGCGGAAAUAGCAGUAACGGUGGCAUCAACUGCUCGGACGCCGUCUAUCCGAUGGUCAAUGGUGAUAGCUGGUUGUGGUGGUUUUGGAAUUCACCCUUCUGGAGCUGGGUACGGUCGUGGUUCUGGGGACCGGCCGUAACGCUGCACGACUGCAUGGCCGCGUUUUUUAGCGCCGACGAGCUGAAGGGCGACAACAUGUAUAGCUGCGAGCGGUGCAACAAGCUGCGUAACGGUGUUAAGUAUUCGCGCGUGCUCGCCCUGCCGGAGAUGCUGUGUGUACAUCUUAAGCGGUUCCGGCACGAUCUGUCCUACAGCUCGAAGAUUUCCAGUCCAGUGCAUUUUCCACUGUACGGGCUUGAUAUGCGACCGUACUUGCACAAAGACUGCAAGUCCGAGGUGACAUCGUACGAUCUUUGCGCGGUAAUCUGUCACCACGGGACGGUCGGUGGAGGCCACUACACGAGCUUUGCGAAACAUGAUCCGACGGGCAAGUGGUUCGAGUUCGACGAUCAACUUGUAACGCAGGUUACGCCCGAGUACGUUCAAAGCUGUGAGGCGUACGUGUUGUUCUAUCGGAAGAACAACGCCAAGAUGGCGACGGUGCGGGCGCAAGCAAGCAACCUACUGACGAUGCAGGAACACGCUUCGGACAUACGCUUCUACGUGUCUCGAAACUGGUUACAUCGCUUCAACACCUUUGCUGAGCCGGGUCCGAUCGAUAACUGGACGCUACUUUGCCCGCACGGUGCAUUCCCGCCUAACAAGGCGUCGCAUUUUUCCAAACUGGUUGUGCCAUUCCCUCAGGCGCUGUGGGAUUUUCUCUACAAAAAGUUUGGCGGAGGCCCUGUGUGCAACCACAUUUUUCCGUGCCACAUCUGCAAGAAGGCGGCCGAAACGCUGUCCCGGCGGCAGCGAUACGAGCUGGAAACUUUCACUGCUUACAACGAUGAGUUUCAGUUCAACGAUACCCCGACCACGAUCUACGCGAUUUCAAUGGCCUGGUUCCGGCAGUGGCAACUCUUUGCCCGUGGACUUACAACCGAAGACCCUGGGCCGAUCAACAAUAAGACGAUAGUCGUGCAGGGAGACACAAGUGUUCCGCUGCGUAACGUUCGGUCAUUCUCCGACUACGCGCAGAUCAACGCCAGUCUGUGGCACUUUUUCCACGGCAUCUACGGCGGUGGCCCAGAGAUUGUACUUCAGGGCAAUCCGGUUCCACCGCCGACCUCCGUCGCAGGCCAUGUGGACGAAUAUAUCCGAUUGCAUCAGCAUCAGCACCAACAGCAGAUCAAGCAACUCAAACAGGAUCGUGCCUCCGAGUCGAUGGAAGUCCCAGAAGAAGGCCUGACGCAAAAUGUGGUCCGCACCCCUACGUCUGUGAAUCAAGUGGAUCGCGAUUCGGCCAUAGAAGUUACCAUAACUGAACCUAUACCGACCCCACAGCAACCACUUGCUCCAACAAUUGUCACGCGGCCCCAUAAGAGUGUUUCCUUUGAGGAUACGGAUGCUUACUGUGAUGACGACGAAGAUGAUGACGAUGGUGGAGAUGAAAACGCUGGCAACAAUGGUGAUAAUGAUGAUGAUGGUGAUGAUGGCGGCAACGCUAGUAGCGGUAAUGAUGAACCAAAUUCUUCGAGCAAGCUAGCCGGACCAAAGCGAAAAUCAUCACACUCCCGGAAGAUGAGCUCCGGAAGCUCAUCACGUCGGGAUGAAAGCAAAAUAAUCACUUCGGCGACGGGUGCGUUGAAACGCCGGCAACAGCAACAGCAACGUUCACUUACGAACGGCGAUACUGGGUCGAACAUGGCUUCUGCGGUACAGGGAGUGGAACAUUUGGAAAUUGGCACUAAAAAGGACCGCAAGCACAAGGGUGGUAUGAUGAAGGCGAAUGGAUUCUUCGGACCGGAAGGAAAAUAUCAAAGCGCCUCGAUCGAUUUUUCAAACGGACCAGACAACGGGCACCUUCCUCGAACCGAAUCCUUCUCACACUACUCAGCAUCGUCCGCUUCGAGUGCGAUAAACGGACGCUCCUCUACAGCUGGUAGCAUGGCUAACUCGGCGUCUACGCCUUCAUUCGGUACGGAUGCAGAAAAUGCUGAAUGGUUAUUAGGAUUAGUGACCUUGAGUGCUGGUCCGAGGCGCAAACAUUUCGGCAAUCACAAGCCGGUAGGUCACGACAAAGACGAUAAUGACAGCAAAGCAACAACGACGGGUGGCACCACCAGUAGUGGAGGAUCCAGCUCAAUUGGCUCUGACUGGUUGUCCGGAUUAGUGACCAAUGACAGCAAAGCAACAACGACGGGUGGCACCACCACCAGUGGAGGAUCCAGCUCAAUCGACCCGUCAUCCAGUGCCAAAGCGAACCAGCAGCAUUCCGGUCGUAAAGGAGCUCACCAUCAUCACCACCACAAUCAUCACAGCCGCCAUGGGACGAUCAACGCUUCGGAACCGUCACCAGUGCUUGACAAGAAUGGCGCUCGAGAAGGAAGUGGUGAAACGAUGUCAUUCGGUCGGCGUAAACUGAAGAUAAAAUAUAUGAAGAAGUUGGCUCGGGCUGGUUCCGGUUCGCGAUCGUCUCGCAAUGGCUUGACGGACAGUGACGGUCUGGUCGGUGGCACGAGUGAAAGUGGGUCCGUGGUUCCACUGGCCAUCAAUGGCGUGAGCGAGACGCACCAAAGCAAUAGCGAGGGUGUCAAAUGAGAUCGGUUGCGCCGUUUCCGCUUUCCUUCGUUUCGAUAAACGGUUAGAAAGCGAUACGGGAGCAUCUGGGCAGAGACAUAACAGUUGUGUAGUUGCGUUUAUGUUUACAAUGUUUUUUUUCUGUUGGUAGUUGUCGGCAAUUUCUAAUGAGUUGAUUUUUCUCAGUUUAAAAAGAAUAAUUUUCCACUACCAGUUUUUCAGUGCUCGUUAAAAUUAGCUUAGUUUUGUCUUGUUUUAAUGCUUGAACAUUGAAUGUUUUUGAUAGUGUGUACCAGUACGUGGCGCAGGGUAUAAAAAAGUCGAUUAACAGUAGAAUAUGGACAGAAAAAUGAAAAGAAAGCACAUAAUGUAGAGAGCAGAAUGUGAUUACGACGAUCGAGGACAGAGUCUUGAUAUUUAUGAUUUCUGGGUAUCGGUUGUUUAUCGUAUUUCUUUGUGUGGAUUUGCCAGCUAAUAAUAGAAAACAUAGAUUUUUUAAAAUGCAUAUUCACCAUUGAAUACGAACUCAACGGAACGGCCGUUUUGCCUGCACGUAAUCUGUAAAUUAUUUUGAUUAAAUUGUAGAAUUUAUCUAUGGUGUUUUGUUCAUGGCAAUGGUCGAAUAUUUAGUGUUAAAGUUAUGUUUGUAAAAGAAAACUUAGUAAAAGUAAAAACGUGAGCGUUGAAGAAAAUGACAACAAGCAAUCGAUAUGGAAUGUUUGACGCCAAAAACGCGAAACAGAGUUUUGCGAAGAAUCAGCACGUUGUAAAAUUAGACAACAUAAACCAAAUCGUUUUCCUGUGGACGAUACUGGAAUUAAAAACAAAAUAGGAUCCAUUACUAUCCAUAGUAAAACAAAUAUAUUCUUUGGAGGACCCUGAUAUUACAGGCAAUGUGUUCUAAGAUAACCUUGGCAUCUCUAAAACGCGUAAUUUGCUUGAACUGAACGCAACCAAUUUACAGCCGGGGUCAAUUUUUUGCUUCUUUCUCCAUUAUGCGGUAUGGAAUGACAACACAUUUAGAUGGUGAUUUCGUGCUUGUGAUGCUUUUUUUCGUCUCUUCGGCGAGGGUCAUUGAUCGGGAAACGGGACAGAAACUGUACUUGAUUGGAUCGUAGAUAGCAUUUCGUGAAGGUGUUAGCCGCACACGCUCGGUUGAGGGUAGUUUAGGAAUCGUCAAGCACACCCCGGUCGACGGUUUGGGUUGUGGUGCAUUUGGUAUGACCCCAAUCGUUGCGAGGCAUCAGUGUGAAAUUCCGGGCAAAAAUCAUGGGACGGGGGCAAUUAUUUUAUAGAAUAAAAGAUACUGUUAUUUCUGGCGGUGAGCUGAGUUUUUAUGUUCCAGACGUUUGCAAGUAAUAAUAAAAGUAAAACACAGCUCUAAACUUCAAGUUUACC